AUGGAUAAAAAUUAUGAAGAAAUAUAUGAAGAAAUGGAUUUUUUAGAACAUCCUUUAACGAAAAAAAAUUAUAAAUCCAUUGCUAUUGAUUCAACUUCAAUACAAAUUCAACGUCCAACCGAUCAUAAUAUUCAAAAAUUAUAUUUUCAAAGUAAAAAAAAAAUUCAUUGCGCCAAAUUUCAUGUAGAAGUUUCAACAAAAACAAAAAGACUUCUUUAUGUUUCGAAACUAUAUAAAGGUGCAACUAAUGAUAAAAAGAUUGGAGAUUUGGAAUAUCAAAUAUUAGAUCAGAAUGGUAUUCAAAAGGUUGAUGAAAAUGGCAAUUUGAUGUAUAAACAUUCAACCAUACCAGUAAUAGGUAAAUAUUUAUAUAUUAAUAUAUUUAUAUAUUUUUAA